AUGAUGGCAAAAAUAUGGAAGUACCCGUUGGUCAAAUUAUGUAGUGCAGGAUUGGUAGGAUAUAUUGGGUUUGGUGUGGUGGAUUCAGUUGACUCAAGUUCUCUUUUGGAUGAUAAUCAAAAGUGGAGAGAAUACCGGUCAGAUUUUUACGAAUAUUAUUUUAAAUUUGCGGAAGUAAUUGGUAUUAGACACUACAUUGAAGAGGAUUAUCGAGAGAAUAUUCCAAGUGGUUCUUAUUUAAGAUGUGCUAUUGAUUCUCUAGAAAAAGCUCAUCACAUAAUCAGUUUUGAUAGUGAUGACAGAAUACGAAGAAGGGUUUUACGCAAGGCGCACCGUUAUAUGAUCAAAGCGAUAAAUGACGAAGAUGAUGUAGAUUUACGGGCUGAAGCUCAUAAAUGGUAUGGUAUAAUCAUGUUGAAAAGAUCCAAAUACGGAAAUCAAGAAAAGCGAUUGCUGAAAGCAGUAAAUGAAUUGGAAAAGGCAUUAGUUGUUGACAGCAUUGAUCCAAAGGUGUGGUAUUAUUUGGGUAUUGCCAAAAAUAAGCUUGGGGAGCAUCAGCAAGCCGUGGACUGCCAUUUGCGAUCACGAAAAUUAAAAUUGUUUUCUUCAAAUAACAAUCUUAAGCAUGAUAUAAUCGAUAGGAGUAAUUUUGAGGAAGACGAAUGCCCUCAGAACGAUUAUCAUCUUGGACUAGCUCAGAAGAAACUCGAAUCUCCAGAUUCUCGCAAAGAAUCGUGUAAUGCUUUCCAGAAAGCGUUAACGAAGCACUGCAAUUCAGUUGCUGACAUUACGGUGUUUAUUUAA